CUGAAGAUGAAUAUCUGAUUCGGGUUCAGGGUUCCCGAGAGCACUGCCCGUCAUAAUGAAGAGUCAAUCUGUCGGAGCUGGUUUGAACAACCAACAGGGUCUUCAGUACUUUGAUUGGCCAAUCGAAUGGGGUUUUGAUGAUCUGUUGUGAACACCUCGUGUUAUAACUCAGUGCCUUUUCGCACAUGAUUUACUUUUAAGAUUGGUCCUUGCUAUCUUGGCCACCAAUAUUUGUGAGAAAUACCUGGAAACCUGUUCCAAACAACUGGGUCGACAGGAUAACCGCGAUGGCAAUCUUUGGUUGGACUUAUCCCUCCCCACCCCCGGCGGGCUUCUGGAGUCCAAGGACUUCGACAAUGAACUUCUGCGAGCUUGAUUAUAUCGUUACACCAUACAUCGCAGAGUUUGUCAAUACAAUGUCAAACCUUGCGUAUUUAUAUCUCGCGUGGAGGGGCCUGUUCUGCUCUGAACGACGGGCAGGGGACUACGCGAUUCUCUUAAGCUAUUUGCAGCUGGCAGGAGUGGGUGUCGGAUCCAUAGCCUUCCACUCUACACUGAAGUUCCCGGCCCAGAUAGUUGAUGAAAUGGCAAUGCUAUAUGCUACUGCCACCGUCAUUUACGCCGUAUUCGCAUUUCGAUUGAGGCCGCUGGUUCAGCUGAUGCUUGGCCUCUCCUUUUUUACCGGUUCACUGGUUAUUACUAUUCUCCACAUCCAGCAGGAGAACUCUUUGGCCCAUCGUGUUUGCUUUGCCCUUAUGGUCAUCGUGGUGGCCGCGCGAUGUACCUGGUUGUUACGUGGUGUCGGAAAUGCAGCCAUUCGAUCAGAAAUGAAACGCCUUGCUCUCGUAGGAUCAGUUACGUUCUUGGCCGGCUUUCUUCUGUGGUUGGUUGAUGUUUUUUCGUGCGACGACCUUCGAGGCAUUCGUCAAAUUUUGGGAAUGCCCUUAGGAAUGCUGUUGGAACUCCAUAGCUGGUGGCAUAUUCUUACUGCAUUCGGGGUAUAUUACUAUCUCAUUUUUGUCGAAUACAUUCGUUUACAGAGCGGCGUGAUGGAUCGAGGGGCCGUUGUCAGGCUUUCGCGAGACUAUUUUUUGAUACCUCGUCUUGUUGCUCUUCCCGAAAAGCAGGAGUGAAACCGAUUGAAGAUCGUAGAAUGACUGUUUUUUUUCUUUCGCUGGGUUAUGGCCCCCGAUUACGUCUUGGAAUACAUAGAUUGCCUUUCUGUACGGAGUAUUUGACAUCU